CCGCCGUUGCGUCAUCAGAGCGCGACCGCAGCAUGAGAAUGCUGACAUGGCCGCGUCCAUGGAGCUGAGACUCACUUUAGGGAUCUGUUUUGUUUUUAUUUCGGGGUUUUCUUCGGUCGCCGCGCUCAUCGAGGGACUGUACUGCGGGACUCAGAGCUGCUACGACGUGCUUGGAGUUUCGCGCGAUGCCAGUAAAGCGGAGAUCGGACGCGCGUACCGCCAGCUGGCCCGGAGAUACCACCCGGACAGAUAUCAGCCCGGGGAGACCGACGACACCCGCGAGAGCGCGCAGCAGAAGUUCCUGCUCGUCGCGACUGCUUACGAGACGCUCAAGGAUGAAGAGUUACGUAAGGACUAUGACUACAUGCUGGACCACCCAGAGGAAUAUUACAGCCACUACUACACCUACUACAGGAGAAGACUCGCUCCCAAAGUAGACGUUAGGAUAGUGAUUCUCGUAACGAUUUGUGCAAUUUCACUGUUUCAGUAUUACAGCUGGUGGAGUAGCUACACGGAAGCCAUCAACUACCUGAUGACCGUUCCCAAAUAUCGCAUCCAGGCUACGCAACUGGCCAAGGAGCAAGGACUGCUGAACAGAACCAAAGAGAAGGGCAAGAACCGGCGAUCCAAAGAGGAGAUCCGCGAGGAGGAGGAGCAGAUCAUCAGAGACAUCAUCAAGAACAAGAUAGACAUCAAAGGUGGCUAUCAGAAACCCAAUAUAUCUGACAUCCUGCUCUGUAAAAUCAUUCUGUUCCCGUACCAUCUGUGCACCUACGUGGCGUGGCACUGCUCGUGGUUUUACCGCUUCACCGUUCGUGGGGAGGAGUAUGGGGACGAGGAGAGACUUUACAUCAUCCGCAAGUACAUGAAGAUGUCCCAGGCUCAGUUUGACAGUCUGGACAACAGCCUGAGAGACACUUUCCUGAAGCAGCAGCUCUGGAUCAAAGAGAACUAUGAGGCCUACCGAGAGGAGCAGGAGGAGGAGAUGAAGAUGAAGAUGGCCACAGACUCGCGAUGGAAACGCUACAGGCGCUGGAUGAGGAGCGAGGGUCCUGGACGCAUCACUUUUGCUGACGACUGACCUCACGUGCACACAGUGCCGUCCCAGAUGCACGUCCAAACGGCCUGAGCUCAUUCGUGUGUAAUUACACCCGGCUCUGUGCGCCUCGUUUACAAAGGACUGACAAUGUGCACCUGCUGCCUUUUCUCAUGUGAUAUAAGACGAUAAAGGCGUUUUGAUUGUACCUGUGGAGGAUCAUGUGAUUUUUCAGUGUGCAUAAAAGGAUCAGUUGAGACUGUUUUGGAAUCAUAAAGAAAAAUAACUGUCUCAGUUUCAGCAGGAGGAAUGUGAGCACAGGCUGUAGAAACCCAGGAAUGCCUCAUUUCAGUCACUGAAAGGUUCUGUCUCUGUUUCCUUCGACGUAAAUGUUACGUCACCCAGUGCUGUAUCUCAAGGCCUGUUUUUAUCUCUCUAUCCCCUUUUAUUUUGCACAUAUGAAGUCAUAUCUAAUUGUUCCUUACAUGGUACUUCAAUAAAGUUUUAUAGUUCACGGUUUAGUUAGGAAGACUUUGUUGUUGUCACUAUAAAGAAAGGUUGUCAUACAGUAGAUUAAUAUGUCAUCAUCAGUAAUUUAUUAUAUAGUUCUCAGUGCAUGAACACAGAUGCACAUGAAGCAAUCUCUCAUCCAAAGACUUGUCAUAUAUGCCUUCUAUAAACCCUGCUGAAAAAUAAAUAUACCAAAAUGUAUUUUAAAUUCAUUUAUUUUAUGCUAAGUAUACUACAAAUACACUUAUGUACUUAAUAUAAAUACCCUGCAGUUGUACUUUUGGUAUACUAAAUCAGUGUAUUUAAAGUUCGCUAAACUGAUACAACUAAUUUUGUACUUAAUGAACUUUAGUUACCCAGAAGUAGCGCUGAGGUCCAACUAAUGAUAUAUUUAAUUAUAUUUGAUUGUGCUAAAAUGGAAUUAUUGCAAGUAUACUUUAAAUACAGACAAUGAUCAUACUAUCCUUACUAAUAGUGACAUUAAAACACGUUUUAAGCUUAGUAUUAAGAAAUGUGCAUUGUGCAGUUAAAAAGUACUCCAAAUAAAGUUUCAUUAUA